UAACGCGAUGGUAUCGCACAAAGCCUGAAAGGGCAGAUCUACAGUUUGUGUGCGAAGCGCUUUUCAUACAGCUCAACAUCAGCCUAGCGCCAACACAAAGUUUUCUCUCGACGCUAAUACAAUAGCAAGAGUAUUGUUGCUAAUGCAACACACUAAUACAGAGUACAGAGUACUUGGCCUGGGUGAAUACUGUUGCCGGGGGUGCAGUGUCGACACUCGUGGUCAAUACCGUUCAGGUCGAUCUACACCACUCUGUCAUUGUGAGAAAGGAUCGCACACGGUCGAGCCGCGGGGAGGAUAUUGGAUAAACAGCGAAUCCUGUCUGCUUUACCUCGGGCUUGAUCCGUCGUCGCCUCUUCGGGGAACUAUCGGCAUCCGACAAGAGGUUCCUCUGGUGGCGAGAAGGCAAGGCCUGUACGAAGAGGACAUCAUCUGCCAGGAGGUUGAUCUACUUGGAAAUGGAUUUGGGUUCAAGAAUUUCGGCAAACAAGCCGUGUGCCCUGAUCAUACCGCAGAAGCGACUAGUUCCGUCGCCAUGGUCACUGGUGCUAGCUUGGCUUGUGCUGUCCAGCCUGUAUGUUGGUGAAAAGACAAUGCUAGUACACUGUAUAGUUGCACAAACCACAACGGGAGCAGCCACCACAGCUGGCCCCACGACGGGUGGGGCAACAACAGCAGCAGCAGCAACGGGCAGCGCUACGACAGCAGCAGCUACGACAGCAGCAGCAGCAACGGGCAGCGCUACGACAGCAGCUUCCACCACCGGAGCUCCAACCGUGAGUGGCGCAACAACUGCAGCCUCCACCACUGGUGCAGUAACAAUGAGUGGCGCGACGACAGCAGCAGCAACCACUGCUGGCGCGACAACAGCAGCAGCAACCACUGCUGGCGCGACAACAGCAGCAGCAACAACUGCUGGCGCGACAACAGCAGCAGCAACCACUGCUGGCGCGACAACAGCAGCAGCAACCACUGAUAAUGCAACAACGGGUGGCGCAACGACGGCUGCCCCGACGAUGGCGGCCUCGACGACGGCUGCCCCAGCGACGGCUGCCGCGACGACUGCUGCCGCGACUACAGCUGCCCCGGCCACAGCUGCCGCGACGACGGCUGCCCCGGCAACGCCUGCCGCGACGACGGCUGCCUCGACGACGGCUGCCUCAACGACAGCUGCCGCGACUACGGCUGGCACGACGAUGGCUGCCCCGACAACGGCUGGGGCAACAACGGCUGCCCCGACGACGGCUGCCCCGACGACGGCUGCCCCGACAACGGCUGCCCCGACGACGGCUGCCCCGACGACGGCUGCCCCGACGACGGCUGCCCAGACGACGGCUGCCCCGACGACGGCUGCCUCAACGACAGCUGCCGCGACUACGGCUGGCACGACGAUGGCUGCCCCGACAACGGCUGGGGCAACAACGGCUGCCCCGACGACGGCUGCCCCGACGACGGCUGCCCCGACGACGGCUGCCCCGACAACGGCUGCCCCGACGACGGCUGCCCCGACUACGGCUGCCCCAACGACGGCUGCCCCGACGACGGCUGCCCCGACGACGGCUGCCGCGACGACGGCUGCCCCGACGACGGCUGCCGCGACGACGGCUGCCCCGACGACGGCUGCCGCGACUACGGCUGCCCCAACGACGGCUGCCCCAACGACGGCUGCCCCGACGACGGUUGGCGCGACAACAGCAGCAGCAACCACUGCUGGAGCGACAACAGCAGCUUCCACUACUGCAGCGGCUACAACGGCCGGCGGUACGACGGCAGCUCCCACCACUGCUGGUGCAACUACUGCUGGUGCAACAACGGGUGGCCUGACAACAACAGCAGCACCAAGCACACCUUCCACCACUGACAACAUGACAAAUGAUAAUACGACUACAACUUCAGAGGCCUCAACUACUCCAGUUGCUAAUAAUGGCAACAGUGGCGCAUCAUCAUCAACCCUUACCACCGGUACAAUUGUUGGCAUCGUCAUUGCUUGUGUCGUGUUUGCCGUUUUCAUUAUCCUCAUUAUCACACUUGCAGUCAAGAAGAAAAUGAAUGGACCAAAGGUCGGACCACUCCCAGAGUAAGCCAACCUGAGUGAACAUGUCUGGAUAAUCCCUGAGACGUCUUGUUUCAUUGGCAAGCCUCGUGAUUGGAAACACGUGACUGCCAAUGUGUAUUUAGCAGGUGUGCAUCGCUUGUUAGUAGAUUGCUUUUAAUCGAACUCUAAGUAUGUUGCGUCUGUCCUCAGAAACAAGUGGAUACUUGGACCUAAGCUGGUACAUGUGAUUUGUGUCUGUUUUAAAACUAUGCCGGUCUCAACCUUCAGUUUUGCUUGAAUUUUGAAUACCUUUUGUUACCCGAUCCGAUCAGUCCUGGCCCUUUCGCGGCUGUACUUGGCCCACAACGUCCGAAGGAAUGCGUGGGCCGCCUUUUGUAGCUAUCGUUCAGAAACCUUUCCAUACCCAGUCAAGUCCGAGCACGCAUUCUCGACCCUCUCCAAAUUUUAAAGCACAAUGGUAAAUGACCCCUCUAAAUCUCAGAUAUUGUGUACUACAUAUUGCACUGUCACAUAUGUACGAAUAGAAGCACAUUUCUUGUUUAACUGUUAUGCUCUGGACUCAGCUAGUCGCUACCUUAUUAUCUUGCGCAUACGUCUGGUAUACAGGUGGAAUCCUGAUAAUUCGAAUAUGUCUUAAAUUCGAACAUACCGCUUAGUUAGAAGUUUUUCCAGGACCGAUUUCUAUCAAUACGAUCCCCGCAUAACAUUUUUUUCUGAUAAUUCGAACCUCGAACUGAACAGGUCCGGUUAAUUAAUUAGAAGUCCCACGGAUUCCACGUACAUAAAAAAUGUGUGGGAUUUGUGCUGAUAAUUUGAAGUUAGCAAAGUGUAAUUCGAAGUUCACUGUACACUGUACUGGUCAGUUCAGUUUGCAUGAGCAGGCUGUGCCGGUCAGUUCGGUAUCCAUGGAAUCUGUGUCUAAGGUCCAUAGCGCAAGUCUGCGUGACCAUGAGAGCAUUUUGACAUACUUAUUGUGUUGUGGGUUCAUGUUUGGAUAUUUAGAAUGUCCGGAUAAUUAGA